AUGUUUCUCGCUCAAGCCUUACUUGGUGGCGGGAGCAGUGGUGGAGGGGGCCUUGCAAGAGGCCUGGGAGGUCUUUUAGCAGGAGGUGGACAAGGAAGAGGGAAUCUUGGAGGACUCGUUGGAGGACUCGUCAACAUUAUCAGUGAGGUAGCAGCUCAGUACACCCCAGAGCCACCCCCAACUCCUCGCAGCCACUUCAUGAAUGUGGAAGCCGGCGAGAGCGAGGAGAUCCGUCAGUUCCGCCGACUCUUUGUCCAGCUGGCCGGAGAUGACAUGGAAGUGUGCGCCACCGAGUUGAUGGACAUUCUGAACAAGGUGGUGGCCAGACAUAAAAACCUGAAGACAGAGGGCUUCAGCCUGGACACAUGCCGGAGCAUGGUGUCAGUCAUGGACAGUGACACAACCGGCAAGCUGGGCUUUGAGGAGUUUAAAUACCUAUGGAACAACAUCAAGAAGUGGCAGUGCGUGUACAAAGAACACUACUCCGACCAGUCGGGAUCUCUUGGGAGUGCUCAGCUGCCAGAUGCCUUCAAGGCUGCAGGGUUCCAGCUGAACGAACAGCUCUACCAGAUGAUCAUUCGCAGAUACGCCGAUGAAAAUGGGAGCAUGGAUUUCAAUAACUUCAUCAGCUGCUUGGUGCGACUGGAUGGCAUGUUCCGUGCCUUCAAAUCCCUGGACCAAGAUGGAGACGGCCUGGUGAACAUGAACAUUCAAGAGUGGCUGCAGCUGACCAUGUACUCCUGA